AUGGCCAGCGAUCUCCCCGCAGAGUCCAAAGCUAGUCUCGAGAAGUCAUUAGAAGAAUUGAACAUACAGAGCAAGAAGCCCGAUCCUGAUAUUUCGCGGCUGAGCCUGUCGGCGGCUGUCGAAGGAAGCAACGACAAGAGAGGGACAAAGAAAAAGAAGGCUGAUGUAGCCGACUCAUGGGAAGACGAGCUUUCCGAUGAAGAAGAGGAUGGUUCCGCCACCGAAACAGAAAAGGAAAACGACCCAAAUGCCCAAUUAAAGAGCUCGCUGGCAGCUGCGAAAACCGAGGGACCAUUGGCACCUCCUUCAACACCAAGUACCCACCACGCCGGAGAUGAUUACGGUUUGCCUCAGUGGGGUAGAGUUCCUUCCACAAAUACUACUACUCCCGGUAGAGAUCGAGAUGGGGCUCGCGCUAGGCCGGAGAAACAAACUGCGGUAGCUAGCAGGCUGAUUGCUGGUGCGUUGGGCAUACGCGCUCCGAAACGAACGGAGGAGCAACGUGCUUAUGACAGAGCUGUGAAGGAAAAGGAGAUCAAACGGCGAAAUAAAGAAAAGGAGGAAGCGGCCAAAGCAAAACAAGAAGAGGAACGUGCAAAGGCGGCUGUAUGGGAUGCUUGA